CUUUGUCCCGGAUCCCGGUUGUUUUUGGAUGUUUGGUAUUGGUAUACUUAAGCGUUUUAUUUCUUUUUUAUCAAUGAAAUAAAUGUUUACAGUUGUUUCAACAUAUUUUUAAAACACGAGGCAUAACCACGAACACAUGCAAAGUUAAAAAUGGGAGUUACAGUUUUGCAGCAAUAUCCAGUGCCGGAGAACAAAACCGGUACAUAUGUUAUUGAGCUACUUACGAAACGGAUUCUAGCAUUGGGUGCAUCACAACAAGGACAAUUUUUGGUGGAUUGUGAAAGUUACUUGUCUCAUCCUCAGAUGGGAACAACGAAAACAGUUCACAUACUCCACAACUCGGAACAACCUGCUUCAGUUUUCUCCAUCUUAGAAAGUGGUACAAAAAACAUACAUGUGAUAGCAGAUGGCUUAUUUGAUUUGCUAAUGAUGAAAUUAUCUCAACACUACACAUCGAAAAAGCAGACGAAAAUAGAGAGCAAAGGUCCUAGAUUUGAACUGGAAGACUUCUGUGUAAAACUCGGCUCUGUAACAAUGAAUCAGAAUUUUAAGGGUAUAUUAAUUGAGGUGGAAUAUAGACCAUGUGUGAUGGCGAAUGCAGUCUGGGGCUUGCUGCGUGAGUUUCUCCAAGGUCUGCUCGGACCCACAGUACCAGUACAGCCUCCGCAACACUUGAUGAGCAGGAUGAACGAAAUAUACACACCUAUUGAUACUAUCUAUCAAUAUUUAGAACAUUUUAGUGCAUACAGAAAGGUUACUGGGAUGAGAAAUAAUUAAAAGUUAAAA